AUGGUGGCUUGAACAUGCCUGCUCUGACAUUAAGGGGAAUUAGUGUGGAAUUCCCGUUCACUCCAUAUCCCUGUCAGGAAGAUUACAUGAGCAAAGUCAUCGAGUGUCUGCAGAACAAAGUAAAUGGAGUUCUUGAGAGUCCAACUGGAACAGGCAAAACCCUGUGCCUGCUUUGUGCAACGCUUGGCUGGAGGGACUAUUUUAAGGACUCCAUAUCAGCCCGCAAGGUCACAGAAAGAUUGGGAGGUGCUGAGCUUUUUCCUGAUAGGCCGAUGUCAUCUUGGGGUACAUCAGCAACUGAUGGUGAAACACCAGCGUAUUACACAGACAUUCCAAAAAUCAUCUAUGCAUCCAGGACUCAUUCUCAGCUGACGCAGGUCAUCAGCGAGCUCAAGAACACAGCUUACAGGCCAAAGAUUUGUGUUCUGGGCUCAAGAGAACAACUCUGUAUCAACCAAGAAAUAAUGAAGCAUGAAAGCAACCAUGUCAAGGUCCAUAUGUGCAGAGCAAAAGUGUCAUCCCGUUCCUGUGUUUUCUACAAUAAUGUUGAUGAGAAAAGCACUGACAAGGACAUCAUAAAUAACAUCCUCGAUGUUGAAGAUCUUGUGAAAACUGGCAAAAAGGAAAGAGUGUGUCCAUAUUAUCUGUCUCGCUCUCUAAAGCAGCAUGCUGACCUCAUAUUUAUGCCUUAUAACUACCUUCUUGAUCCAAAGAGUCGGCGAGCGUACAACAUAGAGCUUAAAGGAGCCGUUGUCAUUUUUGAUGAGGCACAUAAUGUGGAGAAGAUGUGUGAAGAGUCUACCUCAUUCGAUCUGACUCCGUAUGAUUUGACCUCAGCUAUUGAUGCUGUGGAUAAGGUGUUAAGGGAGCAGGCGUCAGAUAUUGGGAAAGAAGAAUCUUCAAAGGAUUUCAACGUCGAGUCUCUAAACUCAGGACUAAAGCUGGACAUCACAACCAUUGCUAAGAUUAAACAAGUUUUACUGGACCUGGAGAUUGCCAUAAAUAGUUUUGAGAUGCCUGCAAAUAACCAAGGAAUUACCAAACCUGGCAGCUUUAUUUAUGAGCUCUUCCAAAAGACCCAUGUAACCUAUGACACCAAAACGGCUAUUGUGGAAGCGAUGGAGCAGAUCACAGGAUUUUUGACAGGAAGGCCUGGCAUCUUUCUCAACACCAGCGGGCUGCAGAAGGUUGCUGAUAUAAUUCAAUUGGUGUUUGCAGUUGAACCUGCAGAGGGCAGCAUGAGGGCGCAAAAGGGGAACAGCAUGCAGCAGUUCAAGGUACAUAUUCAUCCUGAUAAUAGCAAUUUUAAGAAAAAGCAGCCCACUGAUCUCUGGGCUUCCUCUUCUACAAAAAAACGAGGGAAUGUGCUGAGCUACUGGUGUUUUAGCCCAGGAUUCAGCAUGCAAGAUUUGCUCAGGCAGGAAGUGCGCUGCAUCAUCCUGACCAGUGGAACCCUUUCACCCCUUUCAUCUUUUACCUGUGAAAUGCAAAUCCCAUUCCCUGUGACUCUGGAAAACCCUCACGUCAUUCAAAAAGAUCAGAUAUUUGUCAGCAUUAUUGAUAAAGGGCCGGACGGGGUGAAGCUGAGUGCAGCUUUCGACAGGAGGUUUGUUCCUGAGAAUAUGGCAUCAUUAGGAAAUACUGUUGUAAAUCUGAGUCGAGUGGUACCUCAAGGCCUGCUGGUGUUUUUUCCUUCAUAUCCUGUAUUGGACAAGACUCUUGAAUUUUGGAAGGCUAAUGGCCAUGCAGACCGCAUUGAGAACAUGAAGCCUGUGUUUGUGGAACCCAAAGGAAAAGGAACUUUUUCAGAGGUGAUCGAGGGCUAUUAUGACAAGGUUAAUGAUCCAAAGUCGAAUGGUGGGAGCUUUUUUGCUGUAUGCAGAGGAAAGGCCAGUGAAGGAUUGGACUUUGCAGACACAUAUGGCCGUGGAGUGAUCAUCACUGGCCUUCCUUACCCUCCCAGAAUGGACCCUAGAGUGAUACUGAAGAUGCAGUAUUUAGACGAGAUGUGCAGGAACAAAACCAGCGGAGUGAAGUAUCUGUCUGGGCAGGAGUGGUACAAGCAGCAGGCCUCCCGUGCUGUGAAUCAAGCCAUCGGUAGAGUAAUCCGCCAUCGUGAGGAUUAUGGUGCCAUCUUCCUUUGUGACCACAGGUUUCGAAGUGCAGAUGCACGGCAGCAGCUUCCCUCCUGGGUCAGGCCGUACGUUCGCACAUAUGACAACUUUGGCUUGGUGGUCCGUGAAGCUGCCCAGUUCUUUCGGGUUGCACAAAAGCUUAGGCCGGUACCAGAGAAAAAGGUGAAGAGUGGUGGAUGUGAGAAACAGACGAGUGCAGUGUGCAGUCGUUCAGCUCCGAAAUCCUGGGACUGCAGUUCGUCUUUAAAAGCCAAAGUGCUGGAUUCUCAUGUACCAAGCCUAAAGCGAAGAAAACUGGCUAAUGCAGAGGAGCCCUCUGGGAGUGAUGGAACAGCCAGGCUGUGUAUACAGUAUGAGAUGGAGAUGAGCCCUGUAAAAAAGAGGCCACUAAGCCUGCUAGAUGCUCUGGAUAAGAGCGACCCCAAUCGAGAAGAGGAUGAUACCUUGGUAGGAGAGGAGAAGGCCAGCCGUUUGUCCACACUAUCUCUUCAACAUGAUAAGCGCAUGGAUGAUGAAUGUAGGGGUGGAAAACGCAAAAUCAGAAUAGUGCAAGACCGGAAACCUGUAGAAUCCAGUGCAGCAGGAAAAGGCAAAGCUUUCAUGCUGGAGCUGAAAAAAAAUUUAAGUCAAGAGAGCUUCACACAGGUCAUGCAUGCUCUCCAGGUGUACAAGGCCACAGAUAACCUCAACGACCUGGUGGAGAACGCAGCAGACCGUCUUAUGCAAGACGCCAACACACAUAACCUGCUUAGAGGGCUCUACCAGUUUAUUCGACCGCAUCACAAGAAACAGUUUGAUGAGAAGUGUCAGGAGCUUACAGGCAAAGGCUGUGGCUACAAACCUCAGCACUCGCUCUCUAAAGAGGACAGAGAGACACUAAUGCAACAAACAGCCACAGAGGAGGCACGUGAAAUGAACACAAACAGCCAACUAGACUCAAGCAAGCAGUUAAAUCAAGGUGGAUCUCAUUUGGGCACUCAUAACUUUUGUAAAGGGGAUGCAAGUAUGAAGGAUCAGAAGCCAAAUCAGCCAGGCAAAGGUGGUCAUUUCAGUGCUACUCUACUGUCUGAUAUUAAAAAAGCUGUUGGCGCUGAGAAGACUAAUCAGCUCUUUGUAGCGUUGCAAACCUACAAGAAGACAAAUGAUUAUGAACAGAUGGUAUCUACUGUUGUGGGACUGCUGACAGAGCGAGACGGAGACAUUUUUCUUCUAAAAAGGUUAGCUGUGUUCAUUCCUGCUCACCAUCGUCAGCAGUUCUUGGAGUUGUUACAAUCUUUAACAGGAAGCGUCUCAGAGACCUGCCAAGAGCCAGAAGAGGUUUCUAGUCCUCCAAUUUCAGUGUCACAGCUUGCUACAGGAAAGUCACAGAGCAAGAUAUCAUCCUUCUUCUCCUGACCUGGAAAAUCCAUAAGCUAGCCUAUUAUUUGGGCUAAUAGAUUAUAUUAAGACCAUGUAUUAGUAAUCUGAGAAGUUUGUUUCUUUAUGUUUUAUAAACAUGGACCAUGUUAAAACAAAUCUAGAACUAAAUUAAUGUAUGAUUGUGUUUACAUCUAACUAUAUUUUAAUGAAUAUUGUACUUUUCAAAAAAAACAAAACA